AUGAAUGGUAGUAGAAGCCUUCGCCCAUUGUCAUCGGCGGUUCCACGUAAAAGAGAAAUUGUUACAUUUAAAGUAUGUAAAUAUGAGCGCAACAAAAUGGCUUACGAGAUUUUGGAAUUGUGGUCAUCUGACACUAUAUUAGAAUUAAAAGAGGAAGUAGCUCGCAAGUUAAAUAUUAAGUUGUCACUGAAAAAUUUCUUCUUGGAAGCGUCUGACGAAAUACGCGACAAGUGGGAAAAUAUUGAUGAUUCGAAUUCCUCCCUCACUGUUCGCGAAGCUAAACUACGUGAUCGCUCCUUCUUAACUAUCAAAAAAAGGACUGAAAAGUCGUUGAACGAUCAAAGUUCUAGGAAACCAAGUUCUUAUAUCAAAGAAAGUGAUGAAUUAACAUUAAAACUUUGUAAAAAACCGAUUAGUAGAGAAAAUUAUAUACCGAUAAAUAUUAAUCGUUUGUCCACUCUUCAAGAAUUACGAACACAAGCCUAUGAAAAGUUCAACGAGCGACCUAAUAAUCGGUCCCUCUUUAAAAGGGAUCCAGACGGUUGGACAGAGUUACCAAUUGCUAUGAAUUCGAAAACUUUAGCUGAUUUAUCUCUUAAAUCGAACCAAUUCAUAAGUGUAGUAACUGAGAAAGAAGAAACCAACUCAAACCUCCCAUCUCGAACAGAUCUUCUUAAAUUAAACAUAUGCAGAGGCAAACAAAGUCAAGCAAAUCAUGACUAUCUGGAGAUUUGGUCAUCUGAUACUUUAGAACAAUUGAAGAAGAGAAUAGUAAGUAAGUUUUUGAUUAGUUUGCCGCUGAAAGAUUUCUUCUUGGAACUCUAUGACGAAAACACGAAACAAUGGGCAAUGAUUGGCGAAUCAAAUUCUUCCCUCACGAUUAAUCAACUGAAACUACGUAAUGGUUCUUUAUUAAGCGUCGAAUAUCGUACUCGAAAGGCGCCAAACGGCGAAGCUCUUUCAGAAUCAACUUCAUUUUCCUACGAAAGUCACUACUUAUGGUUAAAGCUUUGUCAGAAGCCAAUGGAUAAGACAGAUUAUAUACAUUUGGAUAUUGAAUCUUUUGCCAAACUUGAAGAGUUACGAGAAGAAGUCUGUGCAAAACUAAAUAAGUCACCGCAAAAUCGAUUGAUCUAUAAAUGGAAUAAUAAUAGUUGGGAGAUGUUUGAUUUCGACAUGGAUAAAAAGACUUUACGUGAUUUAUCUUUUGAAUCAGGGCAAUUUAUAAGUUUAGCAAUUGAGAAAGAAGAAACCAAGUCAAAACUCUUAUCUCAAAAAGGCCUUCUUAAAUUAAAGAUAUCUAAAACGAAGCGAAGUCAAACCAAUUAUGGUUAUAUAGAUGUUUGGCUAUCUGAUACGAUUACAACAUUAAAAGAGAAAAUAGCAAACUAUUUUCCAAUCGAUGUGCCGCUGAAAGACUGCUUUUUGGAACUGUAUGACGAAAAGAUGAAACAAUGGGAAAUGAUUGACGAAUCAAAUUCUUCCGUCACGAUAAAUCAACUAGACUUACGUAAUAACUCUUUAUUAAACAUCGAUUAUAGUACUCAAAAGGUAGCAAACGGUCGAACUCUUCCAAUAUCAACUUUUGCUUCCUAUGAGAAUCAUGACUUGCGUUUGAAACUUUGUAAGAAGCCAAUGGAUAAGGCAGAUUUUGAAAUUUUAACAGUUGAAUAUUUGUCCACUCUUGGAGAUUUAAGAAAAGAAGCCUAUGCAAAACUCAAUAAGUCACCGCAUAAUCGACCCAUCUAUAAAUGGAAUCAAGAUACUUGGAUGAAAUUUGAUUCUGACAUUGAUAACAGGAUUUUACGUGAUUUGUGUUUCGAAUCAUGUCAAUACAUUAGUAUAGAUUAUGAUGAAGUAGCAUCUAAUUCAAAAACUCCAGUUGGCUUAUGUGGACUCAUUAAUUUAGGUAAUACAUGUUUUAUGAAUAGUGUUUUUCAGUGUUUAAAUAAUAUACCCAAGUUCACGCAAAGCAUUUUAGAAUUAGAUGACGAGCUAGAUGCACCCAUAAUUUGUGAAUAUAAAAAUUUAAUUAAAAAAAUGUGCUCAAGAAAGUAUGAUGCUAUCAAACCAUCAUCACUUCUUUACAAUAUUCAAGAUAGUUUACCAAGUUAUGGGGCUUAUCGACAACAAGAUGCACAAGAAUUUAUGAAUCAUUUUUUACAUCUUAUUCAUGCUGAGCUUUCCAUGAAAAACACAAUUAUUACCAAUAUAUUCUAUGGUCAAAUUCGAUCAACUGUUAAAUGUUUGGGGUGUGAGCAGAUGGAGACUAAUAAUGAACCUUUUACUUUUCUACCGUUACCUAUUACGAAUUUUCAUCAACGAUCUGUUCUUUAUAUUAAAGCUGAUGGUGAACAACGUUUAGUCUCCCUCGAAGUCGACUCAUCAGUCGUUACGGUUGGUGAAUUAGUCGAUUGCUUUCUUAAACAACAUGAACCAAAAUUAACUAGAAAACGAAUUCAAGCUGUUCAAUUACUCAAUCAUUCUGUUGAAACUGUGUAUGACAGUGGACGAUCUCUUCGUUAUAUCCCUGAAGCAGAAUUUGCUUUGGUAGAAUGUCCUGAGGCGACUACUCAUGAACUGCAUAUUUGGUGUCAUUUUAUACAUCAUUCUACUAAUAAAGAGUUUCGUCCGCCGAUUCUUCUAAUAUGUCCAGAUGAGAACUGUAGUUAUCUACAUAUAUCAGAACAGAUCGAUCAAAUCCUUGGCCAUCUUUGUUCAAUAACAAAUGCACCGAUGUCUGCAUGUGAUGUAUAUUGGUGGAAUCGAAAACGAAAGCUAUCCAAGUUAAGUAUCACAACAAAUUCAGAUACAGAUUUGCCGCACAUAACCGGUGUUCAUAUCGAAAUGGCUACGAAGUGGGUUGAUAUCUAUAAACAACAUUACUGUAUCAAUCAUUCAAAUGACAACUUAAGAUUAGCCAAUUUAUUAACCGAUUUUUUUCGUGAAGACUAUCUUGAUGGUGAUUACCACUGUGAAAAGUGUUCAAAGCUUACGGUAGCUCGACACAAAUCCGAUUUAUGUUUACCAUUACCACAUGUGCUCAUUAUACAAUUGAAAAGGUUUACCUAUGACGUUAAUUCAAAUCAGAAAAUUGAUACAUAUAUUUCAUUUCCACUGUAUGACCUUGAUCUUGAUAAGUACAUAGUAAAAGACAAUAGUGAUAUACCUGAAAAUAAUCUAUGGACAAAAUAUGACUUAGUUGCUGUUUCCAAUCAUACAGGUGGUCUCGUGAGUGGGCAUUAUACAGCAUACUCAAAAAACCCUCAAGAUGGAAAUUGGUAUUCAUUUGACGAUGAUAUGGUGAGACAACUCAGCAGUGGUAACAAUGUUGUUACUAAAAAUGCAUAUAUGCUUUUUUAUGUACAGAGAACUUCGUAA